UUUUUUUUUUUUUUUUUUUUUGGUUUUGGGUUUUGAUACCAGGAUGUCAUUGGAGGAGUGGGUGGUUCUGGGACUGGUUUGAUGAUGAAAAGAAUCGGUGGGGGCAUGGAACUUGGGGUUAUGAAUUGUAGAAGUUCAUUUCCUCCAGAAAGAAACGACGUCGUCACCGCUGCUGUGGUGGUUGUCGAAUGCCGAAUCCACUUGCGAUUAUCGGCAUUCGAUUCCUUCAAGAUGGCUUCCGAGGCAUUCUUCGAACUAAAGCAACAGAAAAAACCAAAAAAAUUUUGACCUUGAGAUUAGGAAGGUACUUUUUUUCCGUUUUCUUCUUACUUCUUGCUGUUUGGUCCUCGUUGGCUGCAAUGGCAGUCUGUGUUAUUGGCGCUGGGAUCGGAGCACUCGAAUUGGCAUCUAAUAAUGGAAACGACUCUGCAACGGAGCCUCCUCAUGAAAAGGCUGAUUUCGUAGAAAUAGAUCCUACCGGUAGAUAUGUUCGGUAUGAUGAGAUCUUGGGCAGGGGUGCUUUCAAAACUGUUUACAAGGCAUUUGAUGAAGUAGAAGGAAUAGAGGUUGCCUGGAAUCAAGUGAAGAUUGAUGAUGUCUUGGAAUCACCAGAAGACUUGGAAAAAUUGUACUCUGAAGUUCAUCUACUGAGAUCAUUGAAGCAUGAAAACAUCUUAAAGUUCUACAACUCUUGGGUGGAUGAUAAGAAGAAAACUGUUAACAUGAUUACUGAGCUCUUUACAUCUGGGAAUUUGAGGCAAUAUCGUAGAAGGCAUAAGAAUGUAGACAAGAAAGCAAUAAAGAAUUGGGCAAGGCAAAUUCUACAAGGUUUAGUCUAUCUCCACGGUCAUAAUCCACCUAUCAUUCACAGAGAUUUAAAAUGCGAUAAUGUAUUUGUUAAUGGACAUCAUGGAGAAGUUAAAAUUGGAGAUCUUGGAUUGGCCAUUGUUAUGCUGCAGCCUACUGCAAGAAGUGUCAUUGGAACUCCUGAAUUUAUGGCUCCAGAACUUUAUGAAGAGGAAUACACUGAACUCGUUGACGUAUAUUCUUUUGGGAUGUGCAUGUUAGAAAUGGUUACCUUCGAAUACCCAUACAGCGAAUGCAAAAAUCCAGCUCAAAUUUACAAGAAGGUUAUCUCUGGCAUUAAGCCUGCUUCUCUUAAUAAAGUGACUGAUCCACAAACUAAGGAGUUUAUUACGAAAUGUCUGGUUCCAGCAUCUGAACGGUUAUCUGCUAAAGAACUUCUUAAAGACCCAUUCCUUCAGCUUCAGGAUCCAGUAGAACCAAUCCGUGAUCCUUUAACCUUACCUAACCAGUAUCCUAAAUCGCCAAGUUUAACCAAGUCAGGACCUUCAUCCAUGGAGAUUGACUCUUUAAGCAUAUGUACUGGAAGCAACUGUGAAGAAACAAAAUUUCCAGAAUUGGAGUAUCAGAAGACACAUAAGGACAAGGAAUUUCGGUUGAGGGGGAAAAAAAAUGACGACCAUUCUGUAUCACUGACUUUGCGAAUUGCUGAUGCUUCUGGGCGGGUUAGGAAUAUACAUUUCCUCUUCUACCUUGAUAGCGAUACUGCACUCUCUGUAGCUAGUGAGAUGAUAGAAGAACUAGAGUUAGCAGAUCAUGAUGUGGCCUUCAUAGCCGAGUUCAUCGAUUACUUGAUAAUGAAACUCCUUCCUGGUUGGAAGCCUUCAUCCUAUUAUUCCUCAAGUGAAGUAACAAGUGCUUACACAGAAUCAGCGGGAGAAAAAUCAAUGGCUUUCCCUUGGGAUUCAAUGUUUACUCCUCGAGAAGGUAGCAUACAAGCUGAUGAAGGUAAUCACUGUGAUAACAAUGGAAGUGACAUUUUCCAGUUUGACUAUUAUUCUUCUCCAAGUUUGGCUAACAUGGAAGAUGAAGAAUCACAAGCAUCAGUUAUUUCAGAGAUACUGAUCGAAGAUUCUGCUUCAUCUAAAAAUGACAAAGCAUCUGAACUUGCUGAUUAUAAUACCGAUGGAUUUGUUUGUGAACAAGAUCUUGGAAAUUCAUAUUUUCAUCACAAAUUGGUAGGAAAUGACAGCAUUAUUGGAGAAAGCAUUGCAGUGAAUAAAUCUGCUAAGAAUCCUGAGUUGUCAUUUCCCAAGAUAAGUGGAGCAUCCAAUGAUAUGAACUUGACAAGCAGCUUUUCAUCUCUAGACCUAAUUGGCAAAUAUUUGGACAUGGAACUAAAGCGGGAGCUUGAUGCCGUUGAAGCACAGUAUCAGAAUUGGUUUCAGGAGCUUACUAAGAUGAGGGAGGAGGCGUUGGAGGCUACCAGAAAGCGAUGGGGAGAAAAGAAGAAGUUAGCUGUUCAUUCAUCAAGAACUUAAUUCUACAGAAAAUUCUCACUUUUAUGCUCGGUACUGUUCAAUCACCAUCAAUUUAUGAACAUAAUUAUAGGGUGACAAUUUGCUUCAUCUUCAGUGCUUUUAUUGAUGAAGUAGACUAAUUUUUGUAUUUACGCUUGGAACAUUGUCAAAUAAUCUUCCUGUUGUGAUCAUGGCUCUUUUUUCAAAAGCCACGAUCCUUCCAGACUUAAUUCUGCGUUUCCAGUAUUAAUUUCUUGUUAAUUUUUGUUAA